GUUUUUAUCCAUGGUUCUUUAUUUAGUGUGUUUAUAAAAUAUUAUAGUAUUUAUAUUAUUGAUUAUAUACAAUUAUUGUGUGUGCUUAAUGUCUUUUUUUUUCACACCAUUAACUAGUUUUUACAGAUGUUAUUGAAUACUUCAGUGAAAGUAUAUUUCUACGAUGUGGCUGGCAUUGUACGCGCGGUUAAAUUAUUUCUGGAAAGCAUUUAAGGGUAUAUAUGGCGAGCUGCACAGAGUUGGAGGUAUCCAGGACACAGCUGAAGCAAUCAAAAACUCAGUCAAAAGUGGAGUAGAAAAUAUUAAGAAGCUGUUAACAAGAAUACGAACAAAAUGCAGGGAAGAUGUCGACAGCAAAUUUGACUCCGUUCCUCCAUGGUCUGCAAGUUACAAGGUUUCAGUCCUAAAAGAAGACUUGCGUAUUGAACUGUGUCUUCGUGUAAAUCGCGAGAAAAAUCGGAGAUCUGUAAAAACAGAAUUUCACUUCUGCAAAUUACUGACGAAAGACGAGGUUGCGCAGGUUCACAUCAUUGAAGAAUGUGAAAAAUGCAAUAAUCCAGGAAACGAGCAAUGCCGGUCACAGUCAAAACAACACGAGGCAGGGGAGGAUGUUCUUGGAAACUGCACGAAUGUGCCAGUGUACGAUGAAAGGGAUGUAAAUAUAGAAAUAAUUUCAGAUGACGACACUUUUACGGUGACUUUGUACUCUAAACUUUCGGAGUUCCCUGUUAGCGAGGAAUAUAUUCAGGGGCAACAGAGAAGAGAUAAACAUUUGACACCCGAAAAUAAGAAUGAGACAUUCGAUCCUAAUGGAAACAUUUCUGCAGACGACUUUUAUUGCGAUAGUAGCGAACCUAGUGAUCGUAAAAGCUCUAACGGUAUUUCGUCGCAAUGCAAAGAAUCGGAGGAGGAGAUCGUAAAAAAUGUUCCAUGGGCUGUUGAAAAAAGUUGCCUCAGAUGUGAAAUUAUUGACUGCGAGAAAAAUAUUUUUAUGAAUGAGCUUGGUAACUCACUUCAGACAUUAAAUUACCUUGUCAAAGAACUUAGAGUUUUUGAAAAAGGAAUAUUAAAAAAUGAGUAUCCGCUACAAAAUAAUGUCAUUGUUAAAACAAACAAUACAAUAAAAUCACUUGAAGAUGAUAGCUGCAAGAAAAAGGAUAAUGAGUCGAAAGUACUCGGUCAGAAUGUUCUCUUAGAGCAGAAACUUGAAACAUGUAUUUUUGAAAGAGAUGAACUAGCAAAAAGACUGAAGGAACUUAGCCUUAAAUAUACUUCCCUCGAUAAAACUUUGUAUUAUCUCCAAAAUAAUUUAACAGACACAAUACAGGAAUUAGAUUUAUGUAUCUCUGAACGUAAUGAAUUAGCUCAUAAACUCGAGGAAGCGAAACUACUAAAUGAAAGCCACAAUUUUAACGAUAAUGAGUCAUGGAACAACUGUAAAAAAAUUAAAUGCCACCAGUGUUCUUUUUUAAGCAAUAAAUAUGAAGAACUACAGACUUGGUUGGAAUUGAAGUUCUUGGAUCUUGGAGAACAGAUUGCAAAUAGAGAUAAUUUUUCUAAGGAAACUAAUGAAUCGAAAGGAAGAUAUGAACGCCUUAACAUGGAGACCCAAACAACUGAAGAUGAAACAUUUUGUUGCAAAUGUGUAUCGCCUGAAAACGAAAUUUACGAAUCUAUCAUUAUGUCAGAAAAUAAACCUGAGGAACUGUUCAAAAAAGUAUGUUUUUUGGCAAAAGAAAAUGAAGUCAAAAGUGAAACCAUUUCAUUUUCCAAUGCUGAAAUUCAAACUGAUUGCAGUUCAAUUACUAACAUAGAGUUUGAAAGAAUAUGCAAGGAAAACAAAGAAGUAGUGACAAUGUCUACACAAAAAUUAAGAGACAUAGAACAAUGUGGAUUUGCUACAGAUUUAAUUUCAAAAAUUUCGGAGUUCAUCGAAAUAGCAUAUCUAAAUGCCAGUGACAAAAAUGAAAUAUUUCAGGAUGAGAAUUUAUUGCUUUUCGUAGAAAUAUUACAUAAAUUUAAUAUUAUAACAAAAUUAAGGGUUAAGCCUGCCUUCUCUGGAAUUUUGGAGAGACAACAAUGGAACAAGGAAUCUAUUGAAAACCAAAAUUAUAAUGUCAAUGAACUUGUCGAGUCUGAUAUACAAACUGAUGACCAACAAGAGCAGCCGAAAAGAGAACUUAAGAGCUUAUAUUAUUGUGAUAAAAUUGCCAGUGAAAUAAACAGUGGAGUUUUGACCAAGUGUAAUGGGAACUUGUCUGAAGAUAUGGAAUUAUUCGAAACAGAGAUCAAGCCACUGGUGUUGCAUGAAGGUGGUUGUCAAGCGAAUAAUAACAUACAGUUAAUUACAACUGCCGUUGGAACUUGCAUAAUUACUUUAGCACGCAGCUGCAUGGGUGAAGUGUUGGAGGGCACAUGGAUGCGUGAACUUAGCCUAAUGCCCUUACAUGCAGGAAUACGAUCUAGCAUUUGGAUUGUUUUGAAAACCCGUGACUCAAAUGACUCAAGAAUGGAGCAUUUGUGCAACGAAUAUAGUGACCAUAGAAACAAUUCCCAUGUAAUCUUUACAAAAAGUAAGAUCUUCACUCAGCAGAAAGGGAAAGCAAACCUUGGCUUAAAUUUGCAUUUGGAACGAAACUAUAAUAUUCUAGACUUACCCAAGGUCUCAGAUGUUGCUGAAGAUGAAAUUGUUACUGAAAACCACAAAGAAACAAGCAUUUCAAUUGAUGAUUGUGUUCAGAGUAAACUCUCCAAGAUAACUUUACUUCCGGAAACAGAAUUUAUCUUUGAGGAAAAGAUUAAGUUAGGCACAUUUAUCUUACCAGGUAAUUGCAUAAUUGAAGAAAUCUGCACAAAUACCAUCACAAAAUUAAAGGAAAUUGAAUCUUCAGAAAUUGAGCAUGAUUUAAAUUAUGUUGGUAUUCCAUCUGAAGCUGUGACUAGCAUCAUAAGUAAGAAACCUAACUAUAAUUCAGAGAGAAAUAUCAGUAACAUUGCAUCAAAAAAAUUAAUUGAAACACAUCCAUCUAAAAAAAAUUAUUUCGAGAUGAUUGACAGUACUGUAUAUCAGCUAUCAUCUGUAAUAAAUGAAAGGGAUUCGUUUAAAAAGCAGGUAGAUGAACUCAACAAAGCUUUGAAAACCACAAAACUGCAACUCGAAGAACAACAUUUUCAAAAUACCAAAAUGAAAUCCAAAAUUAAAACAUUGAAGACUACAAUCAGUGAAAAGGAUUGCCUGCUGGAAGAGUUCGAGCUAGCGCUACUGGGCAUCAGUCCGCCGGGCAAGAUGGCGGCGGAGGCGGCGCUGUGCGCGCAGAGAGACGCCCUGGCCGAGGACGCGCGGCGUCUACGCGCUGCUCUCGUGUUCCGCAAUGCCGAGGUGGAGAGCCUCCGCCAGCAGGUGAACACGUUCAAGGCGCUCCUGAUGGCCGGCCCGGGCAACCCCGCGAGGUCACGCAUGGAAGAGUGUCGGCCUGUUGGCGGACAUAAGUCGGCGCCUGCCGUCAUCGCCGGCUGUUCGAGGACCACGCCCUGCGACGGGUCUGUCCGGAGAAGACGCUAGAAGGAAGCGAGAGUGACCUGCGGCAAAUGCAGGCCGAUGCGCGCUUGCGGCCGCCAUGCCAGACGUUUCUCCCGAUAAGCUUGUGCUCAGUGUCAGAUCGUCCGUGAACUUAUUAUUAAUGUGUGUUGCGUACAAUAUUUUAGGUUCUAUGAUACAAAUUAUUAUUUUUUGCAUUCGCAAA